UUUUGGUCUUCUCUUUUAUUUUAUUGUCUUGUAACAUUAAUUGUAUGUUUAAAAUUCCUAUAUAAAUCUCAUUCCCAUUCUCUUCUUCCUCAAUCUUCCUCGUUUCCUCAGAUCUGUUUCCACUUCAGUUCAACAAAUAUAGAGAGAACUAGAGUGAGAGAGAGAGUACAUUUUCUCUUCUCAAACUUGGGAAGGUUGUUCUACUUUAAUAAUGGUGAAUCCUUAUCCAGGAGCGAUGCAGGUUGGUUCGUACUUUGUGGAACAGUACUAUCAAGUGUUGCAGCAGCAGCCACAUCUUAUCCACCAGUUUUACUCGGAAUCAAGCAAAAUGAUCCGUGUUGAUGGUGACUCUAGCGACACUGCCGUUACCCUACUACAUAUUCACAACAUGGUCAUGUCACUGAACUUCACUGCCAUCGAAGUGAAGACAAUCAACUCAGUAGAGUCAUGGGAAGGUGGUGUCCUUGUGGCCAUUUCAGGGUCUGUGAAGACGAAGGAGUUCAUCAACAGAAGGAGUUUCAUGCACACUUUCUUCCUUGCUCCUCAGGAGAAGGGUUAUUUUGUUCUCAAUGAUAUCUUUCAGUUCAUCGAUGAAGGACUUGUCUUCUCUCAUCAUCAGUCCUCGUGUUUGUCUGAAACCAAGCACGAGGUUCAGCUCAAUCAUCCAAGCCCUCAUCCUGAACCUCAAGUUCAUGAUGAUUAUGUUCUGGAGCAAGAGGCAAGUGAUUAUGUGAAUGCGGUCCAAAUCAAUGAUGAUCUUGUCGAUAAGUACAGUCUGCAAGAGGAUCUACAUCAGCCUCUGCAUGAAGACUAUAAUGAGGAUGAAGUUGCGGUUGAGGAAACACCUAGGGAGGAAGUUGUACAUGAACCUCGGGCCGCACCACCACCAGAGGAACCCGUUGGCGAAAAAUCCAAGAUGAGUUAUGCUUCCAUUCUACGGGUUGCGAAGGAAGCAGCUGCUGUGCCUGUAGCUGCUACACAACCAUCAUAUAACAGGAACUCUCUAGAGAAUAAUGACUGGGAUCAACAGCUACGGAGUCCUUCCCCUCAGCUGGCCGCGCCUCCUGCUUCUGCUCAGCAAUCAAACGCUUUUACUGACUAUGGAGCAGAGACGGAUGGUGGCUUUGGAUUUGAAGACUUUGAGAUCAAAUCAGUGUACGUUAGGAAUCUGCCUUCCAACAUAUCUGCUUCAGAGAUCGAGGAGGAGUUUAAGAACUUCGGUACAAUCAAGCCUGAUGGUAUUUUCCUCAGAACCCGCAAGGAUGUUAUUGGCGUUUGUUAUGCUUUUGUUGAAUAUGAAGACAUGGCUUCCGUUGAGAAAGCUAUCAAGGCUUCACCUAUAUAUUUGGGUGGAAGACAAGUAUACAUCGAGGGACGAAGACCCAAUCCCGCUGGUGUACGCGGAGCAAGAGGAAGAGGGCGCGGGAGAGGUGGUUACCCAACAGAAGCACCAAGAGGCCGCUUUGGUUCCCGUGGUGUGUCCGGGAGAGGAAACCAGGAAGGAGGUGGUGACUACAGGCCAAGAGGCAAUGGUAACUACCGUGGUGGUCGCUAAGGAAAGAAGAAACGCAGCUGAAUCUCUUAUAUAAGUUUUAGGGAAACCAAGAAUGAAUGAUUUAAGAGGUUCUCGUUGUUCCUUCAUCUACCACCGAUGUAGUUUGUAACAUUUUGCCUUUAGUUAUAUAACAUUUCAAUUUUUGUUUUUC